AAAGCUAUGUAAAACUAUAUGUAUAUCAUUCUCAUUGGGCUUUCCCAAGCUUACUCACUUAGUCAGAUGGUCCCGUUGCCAUGGAAACAGAGGGCUGAAACAAGGCACGUGGCAAGCUGCACAUUUAUAAAUUAUGGCAGCAGCUCAAGAACAUUCAAGAGAAGGAGGGAGAGUGAUGGUUUAUGGUGGCCCUGGCAGGAAUGAAGAUGAAGAGGAAGAAACUGACAUAUAUGUGGUUUUGUUGAGUGUUUUGGUGCAUCAUGGGCAGGUGGGUCUCUGCUUUUACGACAGCGAGGACUCCUCUCUACACUACAUGGCUGACACUCCUGACAACCACGAUCUUCACUUGUUGGCCAGAGUCAUUGAGGAGGUUAAGCCCCAGGUAAUCAUCACCAGUGCAAAGCAGGAACGGUGCUUGACUCGCUACUUACAAAGCCUCGAUUCCAACCAACACUACAAGCCAGAGGUGGUAACUUACCCAUAUGCAGACUUUGGUCUGGAGGUUGGUAAACAGAGGCUUCUCUCUGCCCACCUGCCUUUCCUUCCAGCCAACAUUUCAGAAAGAGACAAACUGUCCUACCUUUCCUCCUGUAUCACUUUUGAUUCGCCCCUGAUGCUUAGGGCGGUGGGUGCUCUGCUAAAGUGUCUGGACAGGAGGAGAGUGGGAGUGGAACUGGAAGACAGCAGUGUUGGCGUUCCAGUUCUGCAGUUUCAUGCCUACACGCUCAAAGAUGUGGUGUGCAUCGACAAAGACACUUACAGUGUUCUCCAGAUCUUCAAGUCUGACCUGCAUCCAUCAGUGUACAAGCUCCAUUCAGGUGAAAAGGAAGGCCUCAGUCUUUAUGGGAUUUUGAACUGUUGUAGGAGCAAAUCUGGGUCCAAACUGCUUCGUCAGUGGUUUCUGCGUCCAACUCAAGACCUGGCGGUGCUACAAAGGAGACAGGAAGUGAUAGUUUUCUUCACCUCACCUCGACACUCAGACAUCCUGAAGACCCUGCAGACGUCAUUACGCAACUUCAGAAACAUACCAAGUCUCCUGCGCCGUAUGUCCCUCUCUAACACCAAAGUCACAGACUGGCAAAGUCUCUACAAGACGGUUUGCAGUGCGUUGUGUAUCAGGGACACGGUCCGAAACCUGCCUCAGUCCAUUCAGGUGUUUCAUGAGAUCACCGAAGGCUUCUCUGAUGAUCUCCACAACAUGUGCAACCUCAUCAGCCGAGUCGUGGAUUUUGAGGCCAGCUUAGAGGAAAAUCGCUUCACCAUCAAACCAAACGUUGAUCCUGCCAUCGAUGAGAAGAAGAGGAGGAUGAUGGGAUUGUCUGACUUCCUGACAGAUGUAGCCAGAAGGGAGCUUGAAAGCCUGGACCCUCAAAUCCCCUCCUGCUGCGUCAUUUACAUCCCGCUGAUUGGGUUCCUGCUGACUGUGCCUCGGCUGCCGAGUAUGGUGGAAAAGGAGGAUUUUGAAAUGGAGGGCCUUGAAUUUAUGUUCCUCUCAGAGGACCGACUGCAUUACCGCAGUCAGAGAACCAGGGAGCUGGACAACCUCCUGGGAGACCUCCACUGUGAUAUUAGAGACAUGGAGACGGCAGUGAUGACGCAGUUGCAGAACACAAUCCUGGAGAGGAGCCCAUCGCUGUACCAGGUUCUGGGUCUCACUGCCGAGCUGGACUGUCUGAUGGCUAUGAGCAGUGCUUCCCAGGAGUACAGCUACACACACCCCAAGCUCACCAACCACAGAGAGAUAGCAGUCACCCAGGGCAGACAUCCACUGCUGGAGCUGUGCUCUCCUGUGUACGUGGCCAACUCCUUCCACAGUUCUGAAUCAGACGGCAGAAUCAAGAUCAUCACUGGCCCCAACUCAUCUGGCAAGAGCAUCUACCUCAAACAGGUAGGUCUGAUAGUAUUCAUGGCUCUGAUUGGCUCAGACGUGCCGGCGAAGGAGGCAGAGAUCGGUCUGGUGGACGGGAUCUUCACCCGCAUGCAGAGCAGAGAGUCGGUGUCGUUGGGCCUCAGCACCUUCAUGAUAGACCUGAACCAGAUGGCCGUGGCUCUUAACAGCAGUACUGGCAACUCACUAGUUCUCAUCGAUGAAUUUGGAAAAGGAACAAACACGGUGGACGGACUGUCUUUACUGGCUGCAUCAAUCUCUCACUGGCUGAGAAGGUCUCCGGUGGCCGUUCCUUGCGUCCUGUUGGCUACGAACUUCCACAGUCUGCUGCAGCUGGACCUGCUUCCAACCAGCGCCCUGCUGUCCUUCCUGACUCUGGAGACUGCCAUAGAUGGAGAUGAGUUGGUGUUUCUCUACCAGCUGAAGGAGGGAGUCUGUCAGUCGAGCUAUGCUGCCAACAUCGCUACGCUGGCAGGCCUGCCAGCUGGCCUUGUACGCAGAGCUGUGGAGGCUGAUGAGAUCUUCCUGUUAAGGUGUCUGAACUUUACCGGACAGGGAAACCCAUCAAACGCACAGAUAAAUCAUCAGACGAGCAGUCCAGGAGGUGCAGCUCGGUGGUGGAGAAGUUCCUGAAUCUUGACCUGGAGGACAAAGACUUGGAUCUGCCGAGUUUCAUGAAAGAUGACGUCCUGCCCUCUGCUGGAGAGCUGCUGAACCACAGCUGAGGGUUUCUACGGCUCUGUGGUCAGUGUGUUUCCACCCGGGUUCAUCUUCUGACAGAACAACAACAAUUCGACUUUAAACACAUUUAUACGGGGUUCAGUGGUUGGUGUAGCAACGACAGUUUGUUUUCGGUGCACUGUGCAUCGUCCCGUGUGUUUAAUGUGGAGGAAACAGCAUAGGUUUGUUUUAUUCAACAAUAAAUUGUAUAAAAACUUGA